AGCCCACACGCAAGUAAACGUCAACGAACCGAAGAAGCUGCGCCAGUCGCGUACAUCUUACGUUAUUUUCUUGGCGGAACGACCGUAAAGGCCUUUCAUGCUACGUAUUUAUCGUUGGAGAUUUACCUCUUGGCAGCAGGUGAGGUCAAAUGCAGAGGAAAGGAGGAGCGGAAGAGCUUUGCGGACAGGUGGAGAAAAUAUUUUAGCUUUUAGCUGAAAGGGAACAAAUGGACGAGGAAAAAACGGCGUUGGUCGAGAGCCUGAUAAUAUGGCUGCAGACCUUCAACACUUCUGCACCCUGCAGAACAGUGGAGGAGCUGACCACUGGAGCGGCAAUAUCACAGGCACUGCAUCAAAUAGACCCAGCGUGGUUCUCCGAUGGAUGGCUCGGUCGUAUCAAAACAGAUGUUGACGACAACUGGAGACUGAAGAUGAGCAACCUAAAGAAGAUUCUUCAGAUGAUUGUUGACUAUUAUAAUGAGGUCUUAGCACAGGAGAUCACUGACUUCCCCAUGCCAGAUCUGGUCCAGGUGGCAGAGCAUUCAGACCCUGUGGAGCUGGGGAGGCUGCUGCAGCUGAUACUGGGCUGUGCUGUCAAAUGUGAGCGCAAACAAGAAUACAUUCAGAUCAUCAUGACCUUGGAGGAGUCUGUGCAGCAUGUCGUCAUGACGGCUAUCCAGGAGCUCAUGAGUAAAGAGACCAUGGCCCCAUUUGGAGCAGAGCUGUCAGGAGACUUGGAACAGCAGCUAAAAAAAGCUCUGGAGGACCUCAGUGAACUUUUAGCAGAGAAGGAAGCAUUAGCCCAACGCUGUCAAGAGCUGGAUAUACAGGUGGCCGUUCUUCAAGAGGAACGGAACAGCUUAUUGGCCGAGAAUGACGUCCUAACUGACCGAGCCAAUCAGCUGGACACAUUUGACGACCCAAGCACACCCUCAGGGAGAAAACACAGCCAGUUACAGCAGCAGCUAGAGGCACUACAGGAAGAGAACUUCAGGCUGGAGGCUGCAAAGGAUGACUACCGGAUCCACUGUGAAGAGCUGGAGAAGCAGCUGAUUGAGGUUCAGCACCGUAAUGAUGAGCUCACCAGCCUGGCAGAAGAAUCUCGAGCGCUCAAAGAUGAGCUGGACGUUCUGAGGAACUGCUCAGAUCGUGUGGUGAUGCUGGAGGCCUCAGUGGAAACGUACAAGCGUAAACUGGAGAAUCUUGGUGAUCUGAAGAGGCAGAUGAAGCUGUUGGAGGAGAAUAACAUGACCUACAUGCACAACACUGUUAGUUUGGAGGAAGAGCUGCGCAAGGCCAACGCUGCACGCGCACAGCUCGAGACAUAUAAGAGACAGGUCCAGGAGCUACACAGGAAGUUGUCUGAGGAAUCGAGGCGAGCAGACAACCUGGCCUUUGAGAUGAAGAAGUUGGAGGAGAAGCAUGAAACUGUGCUGAAAGAGAAAGAGAGGAUCAUCAUCGAGAGAGAUUCUCUGAAGGAGAUCAACGAGGAGCUGCGCUGCACUCAGGCUCAACAGCACCAGCUCUCCCAAGCAGGAAUGCUUCCUUCCAGCAGCCCAAGCCAUGAUAACCUGGCAGCUGAAUUAAUACCCAUUGAGUACAGAGAAAAGUUCAUCAGGCUGCAGCAUGAGAACAAAAUGCUGAGAGUGCAGCAGGAGGAAUGUGAGAGGGAGAAGAUCGCUGCUCUACAGGCCCAGCUUCAGGAAGCACAUAAGACACGCAGUGAACUGGACACUGAGAACAGAUUGGGUCGAGAGCAGGUCAGUGAGCUGCAGCAGCAGGUCGAGGACCUCCAGAAGGCUCUGCAGAGUCAGGCGGCCAAACCUGAUGAUUCAAACCUGAAGCGGAAACUCGAUGCACACAUGGUCCAGCUUAACGAGGCCCAGGACGAAAUCAUGAAGAAGAAAGAGCUACUGGAGGACCUUCAGCCUGACAACACUCAAAACUCCCUGAAGCUGGAUGAGCUGAUGGCUGCUCUGAAGAAGAAGGAUGAUGACAUGAGGGCCAUGGAAGAAAGGUACAAAAUGUACCUGGAAAAAGCUCGCAAUGUGAUCCGAGCACUGGACCCGAAACUGAAUCCAGCCACCGCUGAGAUCCAGGCUCUGAGGAACCAGCUGGCAGACCGGGACAAGCAGAUUCUCAACCUGGAACGUCAGUGUGAACAGGCCAGACUGAGAGAGUAUGAGGAGAAGCUGAUUGUCACAGCGUGGUAUAACAAGAGUCUGAACUUUCAGAAGUUGGCCAUUGAGUCACGCCUCGGCCGCACCUCCUCCAUGCUGUCCCCUGGCCAGUCCUUCUUGUCCCAGCAGCGGCAAGUCUCAAACGCCCCGCGUCGGGCGCUCUCCAUCAGUGUGCCUGCCACUACCUCCAAGUAGACCUUGUCACACACACAGAGCCAAACGUCUGACCUUAUUCAGUUAUGGGAAAACUCCACCUUCACUCCCUCCCACAAGUGAGCACUCAAGUGACCUUAAACACAUCUGCUCUCAGUGCUUGGGGGAGGGGUCAAGGAUGAGCUGAUUGGGAUCAAUGAGCAUUUACUUAUCGAGCACAACCCAACCCUAAAGGUCACCCAGCUGAGGUUAUAGAAUACAAUCCUGAAGUUCACUGGCUAUUAGUUGACCUUGCAUAGAACAUUAACCCACAACCUGUUUUCACCUCACUAGCUAAAGUAGCGUGCACUCUCCCUACCACUGACAUAGAGCAUAUUUCCCCUCUGCCCUUUAUGUUUGCUUUGCCAACUGCAGACUCAACUGAAUUAUUGCUGUAAUCAAUUAGCAUUUGCUCUUAUAUCCUGUCAUGCUGUCUACUUGGUCAGGAAUGAGAGAAAUGUAAAUGAAUGCUUCACAAUUUUAUUCAGAAUUAGAGCCCAUUAUAUAUAUAUAUAUAUAUAUAUAUACAUAUAUAUAUAUAUAUAUAUAUAAUAUGAAUGUGAUUUUUUUUUUUAUAAAGGCUAACUUGAAUGCUAAUGCCUACUAAAUGUAACUUAAGAUGAUUGUUGAUGUAUGUAGAACUGUACCAUAAUACUAUGCAGUCGAGGGGGCAGUAAUGUGGUCAUCCAGCAGACUGCUGCAGAGACAAAUGUGCUGUGGUUGUCUUUCUUUCCAAAGUCAUCUUUGAGAAAAUGAUUGCUAUAUUUGGUGCUGGCCACCAACUGAUGUUAAGCAUCAACUUAAGUCACAAAAAUUUCACUAAAAUGGAACAAGCCCAUCAUGUUAAGCUGUGAAAAUCCUAUGAAGUGAUCAGCCUUUGAAAUACUGCAAAAACAAAUCCUACACAAGGAAUCCAGGACUAGUGUAUUUUAUGUAUUUUCUAUACUCCUGAGUGUGAUUUGACUUCUGUACUGGCAGCAUGCUCUAAAUGAAAACUGUCAGGCCUUUAUAUUCAUUGAGUAUAUUGAAUCCUAUUUAGUGGUUAGUAAUCAAGACUAUUAUCUACCAACUUGUUAUUCUGUAAUGUAAAACAUGAUUUUAACACCAGCUUUUGAUCCAAAUGUCAGAUCCAGGUUAAGCAUUCAUAUUGUACCUGCAAAUUGUAACUUCAGAGUUUUAACUACUGUGGUGGAUAUUGUAUUUAGUCAUGUUUUCAGGCUUUUUAGUGGCGGUGGAAGUUCAAAGUGAAGAGCCAUGUAAAGAAGCAGGUGUUUUGUUUUGUUUUGUUUUUUAUAUUGUGGGUUAUUGGCUCUCCAACUUAAUGGAGUCUUAAGUUAAACUGCACUAGCUUCAGAACAUGAAAUGGCUGUUGAUUGCCUUGUCACUCUGUAUGUCUGCAAUAACACUAGAGAGGCAUUCUGUUAUGAUGGUUUUGCCAUCUGUGAUCUGUAGAUGUACUGUAUGUCAAAGCGCUUUUAUUUUCCUUUGCAGUGAAUGAUUCUUGUAGAUUGCUGAUUUAAAAGCUGUCAUUUAUAUAUAAAAAAGAAGUAUGAUCAAGUAGCACAGCACAGAAACUACAAGUGUAGUAAAUGUUUGUGUAUAAAUGAAGAACAGUGAGGAAGGCAUCAUGGAUUUUCAGGAAUUUAAGGAGUUAAAUUUUAAAGCCUUUGGUUUUCUU